UGAUCUCAGUGUCCAGGUGCCGGCCGCCCCGGGGCGCCUCCAGGUUCAGGAUGCCGUCGUGGGAGAGCGCGGCGCGGACCCGCCAGGGGUCCACAUCUGCAGGCAGCACCUCAGUGAGUACUGGGUAUGUGUCACACUGCCAAAUCCCUAAUCACAAGUCUCCAUGAACUGGCGUUGAGCUGGGAUAAUAAAACCCCUGACAUCACCAUUCCAGAAGCUUCACAAGACUGUGUAUAUAAGGGGCUGGCUGCAGCUGCAGCUGAAGGAGCUGACCAGCCAGCUGACCCACAACACUCACCUAGCCACCAUGGACAUCGCCAUCCACCACCCCUGGAUCCGCCGCCCCUUCUUUCCUUUCCACACUCCCAGCCGUCUCUUUGAUCAGUUCUUCGGAGAACACCUGCUAGAGUCUGAUCUCUUCCCAACUUCUACUUCCCUGAGCCCCUUCUACCUUCGGCCGCCCUCCUUCCUGCGGGCACCCAGCUGGAUUGACACUGGGCUCUCAGAGAUGCGUCUGGAGAAGGACAGAUUCUCAGUUAAUCUAGAUGUGAAGCACUUCUCCCCUGAGGAACUCAAAGUCAAGGUGCUGGGAGAUGUGAUUGAGGUGCAUGGCAAACACGAAGAGCGCCAGGAUGAACAUGGCUUCAUUUCUCGGGAAUUCCAGAGAAAAUACCGUAUCCCAACUGACGUGGACCCUCUCACCAUUACUUCAUCCCUGUCAUCUGAUGGUGUCCUCACUGUGAAUGGACCAAGGAAACAGGCCUCUGGCCCCGAGCGCACCAUUCCCAUCACCCGUGAAGAGAAGCCUGCUGUCACUGCAGCCCCCAAGAAGUAGACGCCCUUUCUCUAAUUGCAUUUUUUAAAACAAGAAAGUCUUCCCAUUGGUGAAUGGAGAUCUUGUGACUAGUGCUGAAGCUUAUUAAUGCUAAGGGCAGGCCCAAAUUAUUAAGCUAAUAAAAUAUCAUUCAGCAAUAUACAA